ACUUUUUUAUUGAAAAGUGAGUGGUUAUGUUGGAUCGUGGACGCUGCCGAAAACCAGUGGUGAAAUAAGAUUCUCGGAGGGGGUUCACAAAGAUAAACAUACGCAUGACGUCAUGGGCAUGCACUCGAGAUGUCAGAAAUUUGUUUUUCUGAAAAACUCUGAGCGCAGUCGACUGUAAAUUGGAAAAUUAAUUAUACAUACGCGGACUAAUCGGUUUGGAAGUUCCGAACAAUCGGACGUUGACGUAUCACCGCGUAAUCGAGUGUAAAGAAACAAAUAAUGAAUUUCGAGGAAAAUAGGUUAAGGACGUUUUCAGACUGGCCUGGAAACGCCGCCGUGGAUUACAAUCGUAUAGCAAGAGCUGGAUUUUAUUACACAGGUCGCAGUUUUGAGGUGCAGUGUUUUUUAUGCGGUGGUAAGAUAUCCGAAUGGAACUACGGUGACCAGGUCAUGGCCCGCCACCGACAAAUAGACCCAAACUGUCCCUUUGUUUUGAACCCCUCAAGUACCUGCAAUGUGCCAUUAACUCCUUCCUCAAAUACUCUGUCCUGUUUGCCAUUAACUCCUUCCCCAAAUACUAUGUCCUGUUUAUCCACGUCGUCUUCGUCAUCAUCUACACCAUCUCCAGCUCAGCCUCGGAGGUCACAUAAUAACCAGAAUCAAAUAUCAGCAACUUCUCACUCACCCACUCAAAGUCAAGAACCUAGAAGUGAGUAUAGAACUGAGGCACAGAGAUUAAGAUCAUUCGUUAAUUGGCCAGUUUCGAACAUCGUCACGCCAGAAAGCUUAGCCAAAGCAGGAUUUUACUACUUACAACAGGCAGAUAUGGUAGAAUGUGCCUUUUGCCGCGGCGUUGUUAUGAAAUGGGAACUAGGCGACGAUCCAGACAGAGAGCAUAGGAUUCAUUUUCCAAGUUGUGAUUUCUACUUGCAUCAAGACGAUGAAGAAACUGUGACAACGGAAAAACAGGUAGAAUUAGGAAACGUGAAAUUAACAUCUGGUACAACCUCGGAUCUUAGCGAACUUGGAAUUCAAGCCCAUACUGCUCCUCGGCAACCAAAGCAUGCGACUUACGAAAUUAGAUUAAGGACAUAUCAAGGAUGGCCAGAGAGCUUACGACAAACUCCUCAAAUGUUAGCCGACGCUGGAUUUUAUUAUACAGGAGUUGAGGACCAAGUAAGGUGCUUCUACUGCAGCGGAGGAUUACACAAUUGGGAGGCAACGGAUGAUGCAUGGACUGAACAUGCUAGAUGGUUUCCAAAAUGUGGAUUUGUGUCUCUAGUUAAGGGGCAAGAAUUCAUCAAACAUUGCAUCGAUAAUCGUCCACCUUUAGAUCCCUCGAUAUUCGAAGGAAUGUCUGGUAGCGGAUCUGGAGAUGUCUUAGAAAAUCCAAUAUCUUCUAUAUCCACAGUUUCCCCACCGAUAGUACGAAAUGUUACCGACGCUGAAAUUGAAGGAUUACUCAACACAGGCCCUGCACUGGCAGCUCUUGAAAUCGGAUUGCACGUUGGCAGGGUAAAAAUUGCACUGAGAGAAAGAAUGGAGCAGACAGGCAUUCCUUAUACAAAUCCUGCUCAGCUUAUCGAGGAUGCUCUUCACGUACAAUUUAGAGAGGAUGAAAGCGGCUCUGAUAUUCACACUCCAGAUUCGCCAUCCGCGGAAUUAACAAACUUAUUAGAUCGGAUAAUAAUGACGAGGACAUUGAAUGACUCAGAUGCCGUUCGAAGUGAGGAAUUAAACAUAGAGCAAGGAAUUCGAGAAAAUCUGUCACAAAAUUUUGAUCGGGAUGGAGAUACAAUGAUGAAUCCUACGUGUGAAAAAACGACCAAAGAACAACAUGUGAGCCAGAGCACUAUGGAACCAAAAGAAUCUACGAUCACCGAUGACUCCUCAGUAUCGCUGGAGGAAGAAAAUAGAAGACUUAAAGAAGCUCGACUAUGUAAGAUCUGUAUGGACAGAGAAGUUGCAGUGGUUUUUUUACCAUGUGGUCAUUUAUCGACUUGUGCACAUUGCGCGCCUUCUUUAAAACAUUGUCCUAUGUGUAGACAAGAAAUCAGAGCUACAGUUAGAACCUUUUUAGCUUGAUUCGAAUGAGAUAUUGAUUCCUUAUUAAAUCAAACAAUAAUUUUGGUAGCCUUUUCAAUUGUUGAGUAUCUCCCAGUUUCUUGCACCCCUCUGACGAACCCAAUGUACAAUAAAUAUGACAGUUAAAUUUUGAGAUGCAUGUCGACUCAUAGAUAUAAUAAUCCAAUGAUGAAAUACAUCGAUCAUACGUUUCGUGAUCUAUCAAUUUUGACCAUUAUAUUUCUUGGGACAAAUAAACAUUAUUAUCGCAAUGAUGAUAAUAAUAUUAAUAAUGAUAAAAAUAAUACAGAUCAAAAUAAAUAAAGAGCAGUAAAUCUUAUCUUCGUGAUAAUUUUGUUGAAAAAGUCUUUAAGUAGUACUUAGAUCCUAGUCGUUGGUUAUACGUAGUAUCUGCCUGCUGCGUCUAACUAAUUAUCUGAUCAAGAGUUUAAAUGCUGAUUUAUAACUGUUCAUCGUUUCAGUCGUGGCAGAAGCAGGAUCAAAAGAAAAUACCAAAAGAAGAAAAAAAACACACUGAUAUAUGUAGAUAGGGCGUGGAAGGAAAAAAUAUCGCACGAUUCCUUAAUGUGAUCAAUUAUUUUUACAUCAAUUGGAAUUUAUAAAAAUAAUAAUAUAUUGAAUAAACUCGACUAAAAAUAUCUGAAUCUGUUCCAUAGUAUAGGAAAACCUGUUGAUGUAUAAUAUAUUGGAUAAUCGACCGAUAUGCACUGUUUAUUUUUUUGCGAAAUAUUUACUAAUUAUUUAUUUUGUUGAAUAGAUAUUAUAUUUAAUGAUACUAUUAAAUGUUGAAUCCUAAGCUGAAAGCUGAAUAAAUCCAGAGCAUUAA